UCUCCUACUCUCUCUCUCUCUCCCUCUCUUCCCGUCUCUGUGGUUUGUAAGGUAGGUUGCAGUGUGUGUAUAUACACAACAUCAAGAGCAGGAAAAUGGACUCAUUAGGGAGGCAGGCAGUCAUUACCACUCACACUGUACUUCCAGGGAGACACCGAUUAUGAGAAGAGAAACUCAGCAGCGCUGGGGAAGAAGAUAAAGUGAAGGAGUGUUUGAAUUGCCUUUGAGACUCUGAAGGCCAAAGAGUCCCUGAUGACUUGCAAGUUUGUUUGUGACCCAUAGCUGCAUAGACUGCCUGAAGUUACAUUUUGAGACUGAAACCAUCGUACCCAAAAACAAAAGAUUGAACUGCACUGUGUCCCUAAUGUUUUACCAUCAGUAACUGGGUAUUUCUCACAACAUAGCUGAUUGUUCCUUGAUCACCAGUCUGUUGCCUGUUCCCUCUUUUUAUAUGCAGCCACUCUCUGUCCCCUGCCCCAAUGAACAUCUGCACUAGUCUCAAGCCUUGGAGUGAUUUACCUGAAGAGUGACACCGUUUAUUUGGAAACUACUAUGAGGAAACUGAAGCCCAGAGAGGUGAAGUGAGGUGCCCAAAGCCACACAGCAAGUUAGAGGCACAGCUAGUACCGUAGCCCAAGUCUCCUGACUCCCAGUCCAGUGUUCUUCCCAUUACUCCACGGGUCCUGUCUCUAAGCUUCCUGACAAAUGCUAGAACGGAAGAAACCCAAGACAGCUGAAAACCAGAAGGCAUCUGAGGAGAAUGAGAUUACUCAGCCGGGUGGAUCCAGCGCCAAGCCGGGCCUUCCCUGCCUGAACUUUGAAGCUGUUUUGUCUCCAGACCCAGCCCUCAUCCACUCAACACAUUCACUGACAAACUCUCACGCUCACACCGGGUCAUCUGAUUGUGACAUCAGUUGCAAGGGGAUGACCGAGCGCAUUCACAGCAUCAACCUUCACAACUUCAGCAAUUCCGUGCUCGAAACCCUCAACGAGCAGCGCAACCGUGGCCACUUCUGUGACGUGACGGUGCGCAUCCACGGGAGCAUGCUCCGUGCACAUCGCUGUGUGCUGGCAGCCGGCAGCCCCUUCUUCCAGGACAAGCUGCUGCUGGGCUACAGCGACAUCGAGAUCCCGUCAGUGGUGUCAGUGCAGUCGGUGCAAAAGCUCAUUGACUUCAUGUACAGUGGUGUGCUACGAGUGUCACAGUCAGAAGCUCUGCAGAUCCUCACAGCCGCCAGCAUCCUGCAAAUCAAAACAGUCAUAGAUGAGUGCACGCGCAUCGUGUCACAGAACGUGGGUGAUGUGUUCCCGGGCAUCCAGGAUUCUGGCCAGGACACACCACGAGGCACACCAGAGUCGGGCACAUCUGGCCAGAGCAGUGACACGGAAUCAGGCUACCUGCAGAGUCACCCACAACACAGUGUGGACCGUAUCUACUCGGCGCUCUACGCUUGCUCCAUGCAGAAUGGCAGCGGUGAACGCUCCUUCUACAGCGGUGCGGUGGUCAGCCACCAUGAAACUGCUCUUGGCCUGCCCCGAGACCACCACAUGGAAGACCCUAGCUGGAUCACACGCAUCCACGAGCGCUCACAGCAGAUGGAGCGCUACCUAUCCACCACCCCUGAGACCACGCACUGCCGCAAGCAGCCCCGGCCGGUGCGCAUCCAGACCCUGGUGGGCAACAUCCACAUCAAGCAGGAAAUGGAGGAUGACUAUGACUACUAUGGACAGCAAAGGGUGCAGAUCCUGGAGCGCAACGAAUCUGAGGAGUGCACGGAAGACACCGACCAAGCCGAGGGUACUGAGAGUGAGCCCAAAGGUGAAAGCUUCGACUCAGGGGUCAGCUCCUCCAUUGGCACUGAACCCGACUCGGUGGAACAACAGUUUGGGGCAGGAGCCACAAGGGAUAGUCAAGUGGAGCCCGCCCAACCUGAGCAGGCUGCAGAAGCCCCAGCUGAGGGCAGUGCCCAGCCAAACCAGCUAGAAACAGGUGCUUCCUCUCCGGAGAGAAGCAACGAUGUGGAAAUGGACAACACAGUUAUCACUGUCAGCAACAGCUCCUCGGAUAAGAGCGUCCUGCAACAGCCUUCAGUCAACACAUCCAUCGGGCAGCCAUUGCCAAGUACCCAGCUCUAUUUACGCCAGACAGAAACCCUCACCAGCAACCUGAGGAUGCCUCUGACCUUGACCAGCAACACACAGGUCAUUGGCACAGCUGGCAACACCUACCUGCCAGCCCUCUUCACUACCCAGCCCGCGGGCAGCGGCCCUAAGCCUUUCCUCUUCAGCCUGCCACAGCCCCUAGCAGGCCAGCAGACCCAGUUUGUGACAGUGUCCCAGCCUGGCCUGUCCACCUUUACUGCACAGCUGCCAGCGCCACAGCCCCUGGCUACAUCUGCAGGCCACAGCACAGCCAGUGGGCAAGGUGAAAAAAAGCCUUAUGAGUGCACUCUCUGCAACAAGACUUUCACCGCCAAACAGAAUUAUGUCAAGCACAUGUUCGUACAUACAGGUGAGAAGCCCCACCAAUGCAGCAUCUGUUGGCGCUCCUUCUCCUUAAAGGAUUACCUUAUCAAGCACAUGGUGACACACACAGGAGUGAGGGCCUACCAGUGUAGCAUCUGCAACAAGCGCUUCACCCAGAAGAGCUCCCUCAAUGUGCACAUGCGCCUGCACCGGGGGGAGAAGUCCUAUGAAUGCUACAUCUGCAAAAAGAAGUUCUCCCACAAGACCCUCCUGGAGCGACAUGUGGCCCUGCACAGUGCCAGCAACGGGACCCCACCUGCAGGCACACCCCCAGGUGCCCGAGCUGGCCCACCAGGCGUGGUGGCCUGCACAGAGGGGACCACAUAUGUCUGCUCCGUCUGCCCAGCAAAGUUUGACCAAAUCGAGCAGUUCAACGACCACAUGAGGAUGCAUGUGUCUGACGGAUAAGUAGUAUCUUUCUCUCUUUCUUAUGAACAGAAAAAAAAAAAAAAACAACAACAACAAAAGAAAUAAACAACAACAAAAAAAGCUAUGGCACUAGAAUUUAAGAAAUGUUUUGGUUUCAUUUUUACUUUCUGUUUUUGUUUUUGUUUCGUUUCAUUUUGUACUACAUGAAGAACUGGUUUUUGCCUGCUGGUACAUUACAUUUCCGGAGGCUUGGGUGAAUAAUUGUUUUCCCAGUCUCCCUCGGAUGGUGGCCUUAAGGCCUGGUAGUGCUUCAGGAGGUCCACUGGUUGGAUCUCUAGCUACUGGCCUCUAAAUACAACCCUUCUUUACAAAAAAAUAAAAAAUAAAAAAAAUCUUUAAAAAAAAAAAAAAACUGAAAAAAAAAGAAAAAAAGAAAAAAAAAUUUUCCACUUGUGAAGAGCACUACAAAAUAUAUAACAAAAUCUAAAAGGCCUACUGUCUUUAAGUACACCGCUUGCAGUGUUUCAGUGGACAUUUUCACAAUCUGGCCGCUUGGACUUCACAGUAACCAGUUAAAACUGUGGAAUAUCACUUCUGGUUGAAAACCCAGAGGAAAGGCCCUGCUGUUUCCACCUACCACGUUGUCUGAUUUCUUUAAAGGGCUGUGGGGUGGGAGGGGGCAGUGAGCUCAGUGGUGUGGGAAGAAAGUGGCAUGGCAGGCUUCUCCCCCGUGAUUCUGCCCAGUCCACACACCCUAGCCCACCUCCUCCGUGUCCCCCCCCUUUCAGCAAAAGCCAGGAAGACUUGGACAAGCAACAAGCAACAGUGGCUAUCGUAUUUAUUCAGUGUCUUCGCUGAGCCACAGCCUCAGCACAAUCAAGAGGGACUUUCAUGAAAGGCAGGAAUGCAGAGAAAACAAAGAUGUCAGAGAUUUGCACCUAUGUUUCUAGGUACAAGAGAAGGACUAUUUCCAACAAUCUUUGCAAAAAAAAAAAAAAAAAAAACAAAGUGUCAGGAUAUAUUCUUGUGGAAGAGAAAAAGAAAGAGAAAUGGAGGGUGGGGGGAACAGUAAAAGUUCUUGAGGCUUUUUUAAUUCAAAAUUUUAUAGAGGGGCAAAAGUGACGUUUACCAGAUAGAAUGCUGAUUUUUUUAAUAUAUUUACAACAGUAUUUGUGUAAAAAAAGAAACAAAAAAGUGAGAUUGUUAAGAGUAAAUUUUUCUCCUUUUGGUUUGCAUACACUGCCACCAAUCCUUUCUCUUUCACUUGGUCUCACACACAUAUAUAUAUAUUUUUUGGUAAGUCAAGACUGUUAAGGUUAGCGAUACUGCUUCCAGAUAGAAAGAAUUAAAGGCAACUAAAGUUAUAUUUGAAAGAGAGGAAGGUUAUUUUCUUCAUAUUUUUUUUAUUUUUCUUAAUUUUUAUUAUUUGAAGUAUUGCCUGGGUUGCUGAGGCCUCUGGGCCUGCCCACCCUGCUGUAAUUUGAACUGCUGCUUUGUAUUUUGAUAUGUAGAUCUUUGACUUUUAGCAAGCUUAGGUUACUCCACUGACUAUUUUGUUUUCACUGAUCCAUCUAGAAUUCUAUCCUUGUUCAUGGGAGGGACUUUAUCAUUCAGAAGCAGAUUUCUUGCUUCUCUAAAAUUUCACUGAGCUCUUAGGAUUCUAGACUUUCCAUUGACUUUGCUGAGGGAGUGUCUUUGAUGAAACACUAGUAGUCUAGAGAUCUUGACAAAUGGGUUUGUUUCUUUUGUGGUCAGCUGGGAGGAGGACUCUAUCACACUCUGCCAUGUCUCCUCACUCUGAACAUCGUUCGUUGAGAAGCCUGUUACAAACCAUGAUGCAGCGAUGCCAAAAUUACUUUCUUCCUUUCAGACAUCACCUUCUGACCCUUUCUGUGGCAAAGAGGGCGGAAUAUGAUGUUCGUUGUUUAGUUGAUUUAGUAACCUUGCUUUUUGGAAAAGUCUUAGAGGAGUUUAUGAUUUCCCCAAUGCCAACAUCCACCUUUCAGAAGGCCAGGAACCUAUUGCACCAUCCCAGAUGCCACUCCCUCCUCCUGGAUGGGAUUUCUCUCCUCAGUCCUGAUCAAGAAAUCGUAAUAGAGAUUUUCCAAUUAUUACACAGUGUCCUGAAGGGAUUCUAGCUCAAAAAUAGGAUUUCUUAAACCUAGCUAAUAUUUCCAAAGUGAUUUCAUGACUGGGCAUGUUUUAGCACUCUUAAAAGGAAAAGUAAAUCUUCCAAUAAUGCAAAAAACACGAAGCUACAAUUUUAAAAAGAAGAAAAGAGAAGAUAUUUUCGUUUCUAAAUUACUCUACAUUUUAAUUUAAUUUUCCUGUUAGCAUUUUAUUUACAAAAACCAUGCAGCAAAUGAGGGAAAAUCUUCCAAGGCAAGCAACUCUAUAAUGACUAAAUUGGUUUUAUUCAUAUAUUUUAGACAAUUGGUUAACUUGGUUCUUUUCCAUAAGUUCUUUGUGAUGUCCAGUAGUUUGUGCAACUGGAGUAUUUGUGGAGUUAAAUUGGUCCUAUGGUGCUUAAUUCAGUGGCUAUUUUGCUAGCAGUUGUAAUGUAGACUUGGAUGGUUAAAUGACUACUAACUGUCACCCAUUGUGAUUGCUAAGAAGAGGCUAACCAAGAACUAUAUGGCCUGUUUUAAAAAUCAGCUUCAGAAAUAUAAAAGUCCUUAUUUGUUCCUGUUGCUGAUUUUACUGUUGAAAGGAUCAGUAGUGACUUAAUAUUUCCACUUACCACCAAUAGAGGGAGUAUUAAUUAACUAUGUCAUGGAAUUGUUUUGCUGUUUUGAAAAAUGCAUUGUUCAACCCAUACAAUGAAAAAGAUUGGCAGAAAAAGACAUACGAUCUCUCAUUAUAUAAUCAAAUGAAAGAAGACCAGAAACCACUUUAAAAUAUUUUUACUAUUGGCAAUAGUACAUUUAAAAUAGUGUCUUGUCUUUACUCAAAUCUUAGCAAAGUAGGCAGAAUUCAUAUUACUUCCAGAAAAGCUGAUCUUGAGUGCCAUUGAGCUGCAUUUCCCUGUCUGUUCUCAAAUCUGAGAGAGAUCCAUUUACUUUAAUGCUGACUUACCUUGUAAAAAGCUGAGCAACUGAGUCAUAAUCCACCUUUUGUUGUAGAGCAUGCAGAGAACAGAGGCAGGUGACUUGCGACCCUGACAGAUGUCUUUUCCCAGUAAAGGAAGUGUCCCUUUUAAAAUAUUGGGGGGGGGUGUCCCUAAAGAAUUCUUGAUCAGAUAAUAUCAUAAAGGCUUGUUCCUACUGUAUGCAUUUCUCUCCCAAAUAUCUCACAGCCUAAAAUAGUUGGCAGAUUGUUCUCUGGAGCCAGGAAGAAGCUAGAUGGAGUGGAAGCUCUGGUGUGAAGGAGCACAGAAACUACAUAGGGUUACUGCUGUAUGUCUGGCCUCUAAAGGGCUACUUUCCAAACUGUUCCACAUUUUGGGAAAGAAACUAGUUUGUACCUAUUUCAAAGGGAUAUGGAUACUUUCCAAUUGCCUGCCCACAAUCUCUAGUCAACAAUCACAAAUAUCAUAGGAAAUAGAGAAUGAAUAUAGAUUCUUCUAAUUUUUUUUGGUUUCGGGCCUACAGUUUUUGUGCUAGGAUGCUAUCAGAGCUUUAGAAACAAGAAAGGAAAAAAAGGUUCUUUUUACUAUCCAGGGGAAAAAAAUAGAUAAGAUGGAAACAGAUAUUUUAGGCAGAAGGCCUCUUAAAAAGGACUACAGGAAAAAGAAUUAGGACACAGAAGAAUGUUUUUAUAAUCUAUGAUUUUAAAAUGGAAUUUGUUAAAUACAGAAAAAGAAAAAUAUCAAAUAGGAAUGUUUAUCACAAAACAUUUAUGUAGAAAUUAUGAAAAAUAAAAUUUCCUAGCACUAAAAACAUUGAUAGUAUCUCAGCAUAGUAAUUUUUCAAAUAUUAAAUGUCAACAUUUGUGCAAAAAAGAUCCCCUAUGUAAAAUAUAACCCUACAAAAGAAAGAAUUGGAACUAAUGUCUAUGAUACAGCUCUACAAUUUAAAAAAAUAAGCCUGGAGAACACGCCAGCCCACCUCACCCCACCCCCCAAAAAAAUAACUGAAUUGAAAAUGUUUAAUUGAGUGGUAAACUUACCCUCCUCAUUAAAGUUUUACAGGCUCCCCCUACCACAGUUCUUAUGCUUUACAUCCAUGUGUGCCACAAGUAAGCGUUGUGGGUAAUCCCAGCUCAUGUCCUAGAUGCUGCCACCCCAUCCUCCCAGCAUCUAGGAGGCCAUAGUAGCCUUAGGCUUUAGAAACACUUGGAUGUGCCUUGCCUACAAGUCAGAGAUAUUUUAUCUUAUAUCAUACCAUUCUAUGAGGACCAAGAAAACCCUUUUCCAACCCAUUCUGAAAAUGAGGAGAAAAAUGGUUUCCUCCAGGUACGCUUGUUCAGCCUAAGUCCUAUUGUCUUGUUCUACGUUUGCUUCCAUCUCUCACACACACAGCAGCCUGUGUGUCCUGCUCAUGGCUCCAAAUCAGUGUUUUCUUUUAGCACAUCAACUAAAAAGGAGAUGUGCACUCGUAUAACCCCUUGCUUCCUUAUUGGGAUUCUCCUUUUGUGUAAUACUCCCAACACCUGUUACCCUGGGAAAAAGUGGAAUUGAGGUAGACCAGGCUAGGAUGCAUAACAGAUAUGCCCAUUCUGAGCCUUUUCCUGAUGUUGCUGAAGAUGUUAUUUGAUUAGAUAGGGCUUGGCACAGGGAAUAUAUAGUUCUACAGAUGAUCACAUCAGACUGCCUGUGCUGUGACCAGUGUACAGCUGCAGAAGGGAACAAAAAGAAGGUAUAGUAACAACAGACACACAGAUGCCCUGGCAAGGAAGAGAGCAGGAGAGUGCCUUUUCUGCUGUGACUUGACUCUUGAAAGAAACCUUCUAAAAGAAUUCUUUAAUUUAGUAAUGAGUUGAAGUUCAGGGUGAUGGAAGCUCUGGAGAAGAGAACAAAAGAAUUGCAAAAUGUAUUCAGUACCCAACAAUGCCAAACCAGAAAACAUCCAAUCACAAAACUAGGAAGUUUGGCAAGAGGUACUUAAAGAAAUCUCUGGGCUUUUCCAAGUGUAGGGUCCACAUACUUUCUUUUGAGUGAUUUCUGGCUCUGAGAAACCUCUUUACUCACUAGAAAAGAACUUUAUUUAAAUGGCCAAUUUUGUCCCCCAGAAAAAAGAAAUUUAAAAAAAAAAGAAAAGAAAAAAUAGGACACUGAAGACAGAACCA